UCGAAACUACUUUGUCAUCCUGUGGAACGUCGCUCACUCCCAUUUGGGAAAUGCAUUCAAAGGGAAGAAGUCGGCACGGACAAUAAUAGGACAAUAAUAACUUUUUCUCUUGAUAUACUCGAGUCCGUUAGGACAGAAUUUUAAAAGCGAUGUAGCAAGACUAAUUGCCGUUAUUUGACACAAAAACUUUAGAAAUUGCGCUCACUCGAAGGCAAGUCAUGUCGUCUGCCCAAGAGAUUCUCAAUAGCGUCUUUUCCUGCUCAUCUCCUGCAUCCAAGGGCAUCUCCAAACGACGGUUACGACAGACUCGGAGUUUAGAUCCAGCCAUAAUAAGAAACUAUGGUACAGAUGCCGAUUUAAUACCUGGAGAAUUUGAGAGUUCAAGGGUCCACGACCCAGAGUCAGUUUCGUCAAGCAGCGUGUCAGCUGAACACCUGGACGCAUCUAAAACGAAUCUUCGUGCCAAGACAGGGAGGUUGAUACAUCCAUCACCUCCAUCUUCAAGUCCAUCCACGCCUCUGGACACCUCCCCAUCGUCAAACUUUCACUUUGAAUAUGACUUUAAAAGCGUGAAGCGGAAUACGGCGUGGGAUUUGCCGUUUCUCGCGCGAAGUUCGAGUGUCACCCCCUUAGGCAGCACGAGCACUAUAUUUUCACCUAGAAAGUGGCUUCAGAAGAAACUGCAGCAGACCAGUUCCCAUGCUUACAUUGUUUGGAAAUCUGAGGGUGACUUCACCUGGAACAGCCUGUCUGGAAGGAGUGUGCGGCUCAAGCCAGUGACCAUCCAGAGCAUGUCGGAGCUGGAGAGGGUGAGGCUCCAGGAAGUCGCCUUCAACCGCCUGCUCCAGGACUAUGACCUAGGCUGCCAGAUCACCAUCCCCAAAGAUGGCCAGAAGAGGAAGAAGUCUCUGAGGAGGAAGCUGGACUCCUUAGCCAAAGAGAAGAACAAAGACAGAGAGAGUGCUGCCCAGGCCUUCGGCAUCUCCAUCUCACAGGUGAUUGCCAAUGACCGGACACACAGGCAGCGGCAGGAAGGCCAGAGGCAGGAGCCUGCCCCCCGGGACGAGCACAAGGACCCCAGUGACUUGGUCUCCUCCAUCCUGCAGUUCGCCACCAGCAAGCGGCCUGCCAAGGAACUCUCCAGCAGCAACUCCUCCCUCAGCUCCACCUCGGAGACGGCCAACGAGUCCACCUCACCCAACACACCGGAGCCAGCACCUCGAGCCCGCAGAAGAGGCGGCAUGUCCGUGGACUCCAUCACUGACCUGGACGAUAACCAGUCUCGCCUGCUGGAGGCACUGCAGCUCUCGCUGCCGGCUGAGACGCCCAGCAAGAAGGAGAAGCACCGGGACAAGAGGCUGAGCCUGAACCCUAUUUACAGACAGGUGCCCCGCGUGGUAGACAGCUGCUGCCAACACCUUGAGAAGUAUGGUCUGCGAACGGUGGGAAUUUUCCGAGUGGGCAGUUCAAAGAAGAGAGUGAGACAGCUUCGCGAGGAGUUUGACCGGGGCGUAGACGUGCAGCUGGAUGGGGAGCACAGCAUCCAUGAUGUGGCUGCACUGCUCAAAGAGUUCCUGAGAGACAUGCCUGACCCCGUGCUUACCAAGGAGCUCUACACUGCCUUCAUCAACACCACACUGAUGGAACCGGAAGACCAGCAGCUAGCCAUGCAACUGCUUGUCUACUUGCUGCCGCCCUGCAACAGUGACACCCUCCACCGGCUGCUGGAGUUCCUGUACACCGUGGCCCAGCACGCCCAUGACACGUAUGACAAAGACGGACAGGAGGUGACGGGCAACAAGAUGACGUCGAUCAACCUGGCUACCAUCUUUGGGCCGAACCUGCUCCACAAGCAGAAGAGCUCCGACAAGGAGUUCAGCGUGCAGAGCUCAGCUCGGGCAGAAGAGUCCACUGCCGUCAUUGCUGUGGUGCAGAGGAUGAUCGCCACCAGUGAAGACCUUUUCAUGGUGUCUCCCGAUUUGCAGAAUGAAGUACUGAUGAGCUUGCUGGAGAGCGACCCUGAUGUGGUAGACUACCUGUUACGGCGGAAGGCAUCGCAGAGUCCAGACUUGUUGAACUCAGAUGCCUCCUUUUCCCUGAGCGAGCGGAGGUCAUCCAGUGACUCCAACAAGGUGUCCAGUGGGGAGGUGUCUCCUUAUGACAACAACUCUCCUGUCCUGUCGGAGAGGAGGGGUGGGGAUGGGGGUGGCAGCAUUGGCAGUGGCUCAGCGGGAACGCUCAGCACAGAGCGACUCUUCUGUGUACCGGAGCAGUACACCUUGGUGGGCCAAGUGUCAGGUCGCACCAAGGACACUAACACAAAUCCCUGGUCCCCAACCAAGGAUAUUUCAGAGGCCAACAUCUGGGGUGCCUGGCACUCAACGCUGAAGCCGGGGUUGAGGGAGCAAACUUGUACAGGUUCCCAUGGUAACAUGUCAGAGGGGAGCUCCCGCAGCUCACAGGAGGGAAUUGACAGUCACCAAGGCGACUCCAAGCAGCUUGUCCAGAUGCAGCCCUCUCUAGGUGGGACAGAUUGUCGGCAGCACCCGGUGGUGACACGUGUUUAUAGCAGCCCUCAGCCAGGUCAGCGACGUCUCCAUCUGAAUCUCAACCCCGACAGCCAGUCAGCAUCCAGCAGCUCAGAAGACCUGCCAAUUGGGAGCAGCCACAGCAUACCCAGUCCCACACUGUUCCCUAAACCAGCCAAUAGAAAUGAGGCUCACCUUGCACCACGUUCUUACAGACACUCAAAAUCAACUCCUUCUAUGGUGUCACCUGUUUCCUCCAUUUCUCCAGUUCCUGCGACCUUGGCUCAACUGCGCCCCCAACAGUCAGGGAAGCCUGUUAAUCAGAACUCAUCCUCAUCACAGGGGGGAGCUCUAACUCCCAUGAGCCCAGAGUGGCAGGACUGGCAAAGAGACAGGUGGCAAAUCUGGCAGCUCCUGUCUUCAGACAAUGCAGACACACUGCCAGAGACGUUGGUCUGAGGCUGUGCUAUUGUGGACCCCAGAGGCAUCUCAGGCACACCUGCAAUGAAGAAAGGCUGUGUGCCUAUAUGGGAAAAGCCACUGCCUUGUGCUCAUGGGGUUAGGCAGCUUGUGGCUAAGCUCCUUGCCAUACUUCAUGCAGCAGUUUCGUCGAGUUGUCUUGGACUGAGAUUUAAAAAAGGAAAAAGAAAGAAAGAAAAGAAAACAGUCACUACCCAGCUGGUCCAACUGAGGUGUAGUAGAUCCCACCACAUGAGAGUCAAACUAUUGCUGUAGUCUGGGGCUCAUACAAUGCUACACCCUUCCUCACUUCUCCAUGCUAACUCCUCUGGAGAAGCCAAUGUUGUAAUUAAGAAAAAAAUAAAUCCUUACACUUUGUUUCAGUUUAAAGAAAAGCCCUUUUCUUAAUAAUAUCAACAGUUAAGGAUUGUUACAUUAGAAAAACAAACAAGUAACUGUUGUAACUGUGAUCAUGGAUUUAAUGAAUGGAGUAAAGGAGGUGAGUAUGGGAUUGUUUGAAGUUGAAUUAGAUCUAGGUUAGUGUACCAUUGGACUCUAAAUCUGUGCCUCGUACCUCUGUGGAUGUAAGAACACAGAUAAGAGUAAAUACCUCAAAUUAGUCCUGGUAAUAUCCAUUCAAAUCUAAUGUUAGUCUAAUAUUAUACCAACUCUUUUAGUCAUACUUUUAUAUAAACUAAUUGAGAGGUACAGCAUACUCAAACUAUUGUGUAACUGCUGUGUCUGCCUGCAGUUUUUUUUUUUUUAAACAAUAUUUUUUUUAAUGCACUGAAUGAUACGACAUGAGGUGAAACUUAGCGUCACAUCAAAGAAUAGUAAUUAUGGGUAGUCUCAAUUCCACUUUGUAAAUACACCAAAAGAAUAUCGCCCAAAAGCUGCUAAAUCACAUGUAUACAAAAUGACUCUAUAGUGUAAUGUAUAUCAAUUCUCACAUUACCUCUAUCAUUUCAGUAAGGAUUAAAGGACAAUGGAAAUACUAUUUUCUAUUAAUUAAGAAUGUGCAAUGUCAGCCUUUGAGUGAUGAGAUUAAGGUAAGAGAGGAAAAGCUAUAUUAUAUAUAGUAGCAUUGUAAAGAACCCAGGAAACAUUUAGCUGUAAGUUCACUCUGAGAGCACUUAAGAAAGGUACAUGCACCACAAUGGAUUUGGUUUUACAAAAAGAAUCUCACUGAUUUAUCAAAAUUUCUGCAAAAUGCACUCAUUGAUAUGUAAUAAAAUUUGUGAAGAGUAUUUAGAAUUAAACCAGUCCCUUAUAGAGAAGUUUACUGACUCAGUGUUUGUGAUGUACAAUGCAAAGAUAGCUGUUCUAUUUAUCCAAACCACCAAAAAUUGUAUACAAAAUCCCUGCUGCACAAUUUAGCAGUGUCAAAGGCAUCUGGCAAUGUGCUUGUAAGCAUUUCAUUUUAGAGGCUUUAAAGGUUGCAGACUACUGACCCCUGACACUACUGUUGAAUAAUUCUGACUUUUCUGUGGAAUGAUGUGUUUUUCAUCUGAAUGAAUUAUUACUUUUCAAUGAGCAAUUUACGCAGAAAUUCAGAAAAAUUGGUGCAUUUCCCCUUAAAGCUAAUUUGGCUUGAAACAACUCUCUGCCUCUUUGGAAUGAACUGUGCCUUUUAUUUUAAAGCUUUGGCUAAGAACAGAACUGCAUUUUGCCAGUGCAGAAUUUAAAGACACAUGGUAUAAUUUAAAUAGCAUUAAUAGUUUUAAUACCAUGAAACAAGUAAUUUCUGUUCAUGGUCUCUGAAUGGAAGUUUAGUUGUGUAUAUUCAAAGAAAAAUGCCAAUAAUGGUGUAUUGUGAGAGGCAGCAAUGUCGCUGACUCUUAGUAGAGUAAAAUUGACAUAAAAGAUUGCAUUUAUAGUGAUCCUUUUUUUUACACAAAACUGUUGUGCCUCUGACUCUUCUUUAAGUCCUACAAGCAUUGACUGUGUGAAACAGAUUAACAACCAGGCAUAGGCAGGUUUAUUAUGCUUUGAGAUGAAAAUGAAAAGUCCUUAGGAUUAAAUCAUUUUAUUUCAUUUAGGUAAACCACUAGCACCAGCCAAAUAAAUUGUGGCCAACCUGUGACAUCACUUGUCUGUUAGCAUGAUAAUGUAACCAGCCACUUUGCUUAGCAACAGGUUCCAAGUAAGGAAACCCAAGCUUGCUAACCCAUCACUCUAGUUUCUACAUACAGUUCUUUAGGGGAACGUCUUUCAUUCUGAUGAAAUUACUACCAUACAUGUUGGGUUAAAUGAUUUUCCCCUCCCGUUCUGUAUAGUUUCACGAUCCAGUAAAUAUUAUGAAGCAAAGGUUAUACUCAAUCUUCUAGCUUCACUGCAGUCUACAUGUUUAUCUGCAAAUAUUGCAUUUUAGGUUCCUGGCCUAUUUGUAGUUCAUUUGGUGGUAACAGUUGCUAUACUUCAUCAUAACAUUAUUAUGCUUGCCGAAACAUACAUGUUAAUCAGCUCAGAAUAAUUGGAAUUAUUCACUGUAGCUAUAAUGUCAAUUAGAUUUAUGUAGAGUUUUACCAUUUUAGGGAACAUUCCACAAAUCUCAAAGCUUUUAAUGUGGUUUAACCUUGAUCCUGGCUGUGUCCUGUGCCAAAUGUUCUCUCAACAAUAUUAAUAUUAAUUUUUAAUAUGUUGUGUAAUUAUGUUAAUGAGUUUGUAAUCUAUGGCCCAAAUAUAAGGUAGAAAGAUGUUAUUACUUCAAUAUUAGUCAAUAUUGUAAUAAGGAACUGUUUGUACUCUAUACAGAUAAUGCUUUUGUAUGGUCUGACAUUUACUGUGAAGCUUGCUUUGGUAUUGUUUUUCUUUUUUUUUUAAAUUGGUCUUUUUUAUUUGCUUUUGUUUUAAGCAAGUGUCAUUAAAAUAAACGAGAAAGCAAGUUGGAAA